CCGGAAGUCGCGCUGCUUUCUCCUUCCCCUCUAAGCCGGCGGUAAGAUGGCUGCCACCGCGGGUUGCGACGUGAUGAUGGCGACAGAUGAACCGGAGAGGACCCAUGAGGAACGGGAGAGAGAGGCUGAAGCUUGCAAAGAGAAGGGAAAUGCAUUUUAUGCACUAAAGGAUUACAACGAAGCUUACAACUACUACACAAAAGCAAUAAACUGGUCCCAUAAAAAUGCCAGUUACUAUGGAAACAGGGCAGCUACCUUGAUGAUGCUGUCGAAGUACCGUGAGGCCCUGGAAGAUGCCCAACAAGCCGUGCGACUAGAUGACACCUUUGUUAAGGGCCAUCAAAGAGAGGGAAAGUGUCACUUGUCACUUGGAAAUGCCAUGGCUGCCACCCGAUGCCUGCAGAAAGUUGCUGAUCUUGAGCCAAAUAACGAGCAGGCUCGACAGGACCUUAAGAAUGCUGCUGCUGUGCUACAAUAUGAGCGAAUUGCUGAAGAGGACUUUCAAAAACGAGAUUUUCGAAAGGUUGUGUUUUGCAUGGAUCGAGCCUUAGAGUUGGCCCCUGCCUGCCAUCGCUUCAAAAUACUCAAAGCAGAGUGUCUGGCUCUCCUUGGCCGCUAUCCGGAUGCACAGUCUGUGGCCAGUGACAUCCUACGGGUAGACUCCACCAACGCAGAUGCACUGUACGUGCGAGGUCUAUGCCUAUAUUAUGAAGAUUGCAUUGAGAAAGCUGUGCAAUUCUUUGUGCAGGCUUUGAAAAUGUUCCCUGAUCAUCAGAAAGCCCGUUUGGCAUGCAGGAAUGCUAAAGCACUGAAAGUCAAGAAGGAUGAAGGAAACCAGGCAUUUAAAGAUGGCAAUUAUGAGUUGGCCUACAAACUUUACUCAGAAGCACUUUGCAUAGAUCCCAACAAUAUCAAAACAAACGCAAAGCUGUAUUGUAACCGCGGCACUGUAAAUGCAAAGCUUAAGAAGCUAGAUGAGGCAAUAGAAGAUUGUACAAACGCCAUAAAGCUGGAUGACAGUUACAUCAAAGCCUACUUACGGAGAGCACAGUGCUGCAUUGAUACAGAACAAUUUGAAGAAGCAGUCAGGGAUUAUGAGAAGGUUUACCAGACUGAAAGCACAAAAGAACACAAGCAGUUACUUAAGAAUGCACAGCUGGAACUGAAGAAGAGCAAGCGGAAAGAUUACUACAAGAUACUCGGUGUAGACAAAAAUGCAUCUGAAGAUGAGAUAAAGAAAGCCUAUAGAAAAAGAGCAUUAAUGCAUCAUCCCGAUCGACACAGUGGAGCCACAGCAGAAGUGCAAAAAGAGGAAGAAAAGAAAUUUAAAGAAGUAGGGGAGGCUUUCACAAUUUUAUCUGACCCAAAGAAGAAGGCUCGCUAUGAUAGUGGGCAGGACCUCGACGAGGAUGGAAUCAACAUGGGAGAUUUUGAUGCCAACAAUAUUUUCAAGGCAUUCUUCAGCAGUCCAGGGGGUUUCAGUUUUGAAGCUUCUGGUCCUGGUAAUUUCUUCUUCCAAUUUGGGUAACAUCCUCAUGUCCCAAAGCACUCCUAUCCCUAUCUUCCCCCAUCCCACUCCAUUUGCUCGUCCUGCUCCCUCAUCUCCCUUCUCCGAUCAAGUGUUUUAACCUGGAAUACGGACAUUAUUUAAUCAGACUUCUCCACGGCAUCACCGUGCCCCUCUGUUUGUUAGAGAAGUGUUUUUUUUUUGUGUUUUUUUGUGUUUUUUUUUUUUUUAAUUAUUAUUUUGAAUCCAUCUUGGUUAAAUACCUCUCUGUGUGCUCAUGUGUGAAGGAAAUAUUGAAAGCAGCAUGAACUAACGUAUCAAAUAAAUUUAAAAAAGCCUGACACAAUUCUGCUCUAUUUUUUUCCCUUACAAGAGAAAAGAAAAACUUGAUUACCAAAAAAUUGGAAAUAAAAACACAUUUUUUUUUUCUUUAUGCGGUUCCACAGGAAUUUUGCUCAAUCCUUGAGAUGUGCAAAUUUAACUGCAGAGCUAUAAGUUGGUUAGGCUAAUUUGUGUUUAUGGGAUAUACGUAAUAAACUUAGAAGUCUCUUGAAUUUUUAUUAAUUCAAUGCUUCAGGACUUUGAGUACAUGUUCAUGGAUUUAAAGUGACUUUUUUUGCAUUGCAAUUUUUACAUCAACAUAACUGGAAGGUGCAUGAUUGUGUGAAACAGACAGCUUCCUGAAUUUGUAUAUCUGCUAUGUAUUCUUCAGUCCUUAUUUUUAACGACCUAUGAAAGAAUAGGAUUGAUACCAGUAUGAAGAAAAACGUAAGUUUACCACGGAGUAUGUAAUGCAGUCAAUGUUGAACUGACCUUGUAAUUUUGUUUCUGUAUGUUUAAAUGUAAACAUUUUACAGUUUCUGUAACAGAACGCAAGUUGCUUUGUAAGUUGAGAUGCAAUUUAAGUGGACCAACAAAUAUGUUGUGAAACAUGAAGAUUUGAUUGCACCACUAUAGAAAUGUAUCAUUUUAUUAAUGUUCAAAUCGAGGGAUGAUUAUGUACGCUAAUAUAUGUAUUGGAUUUCAGACACGUUAAUAUUGCCUGCCCCUUGGGAGCCAUCAGAUUUUGCGUGCUGAAUACUUUAGUAUGACUUCCUUAAAGUUACUAGGUAGGAAUCAUAAUGGGUACCCCAUACGUUAGUAUCAUAGUGAUGUACUUUAGCUGUGCCACUCUUAUUGCAAUUUACUCAACAUAUUCCUACCCAAAGUUGGUCUAUGAAAACGUCCCAAUUCUACAAGGUUACCUGUACAAAUAUAAAAGCGUUCAAUAAAACUGUUUAAAAAUGUA